AUGCCAGAAGAACCGAGCGAAAACGAUCGCCCAUCCAGAAGUUCACAAGAAUCAAAAACACGUGGCAUUCGUGUUAGAAAAGUCAGGACAUUCGGGAACUUGAUCCGUCGUAUACAAUCAAGGAGAAAAAACUCUUCACAAAGUGUUUCGAAAGAGGAAGUGUCUGCACACGCCAAAUCAGCGCCACCCAAUUUGAGUGAGAACGCACGACCUGAAGUACAAAAUCGGGCUAAGACAGAGUCGGACGGGAAGGAUAAGAAAAUGGCUAAUUCUGAUGAGAUCAAAGCAUCGAAUGUGAAGAAAAUGACUCGCCAGCAGAAGUUGACAUUAUCUGUGGAAAAACUUAUUCAAACUAGCAGUGGCGACGAAAAUCAAGGUGAUUAUACAACUAAUAUCACUACAGCAGAUGACACCAUAUAUGAUAAAUUAAAAGAUCCUCGCAUAUGCUGGAGCAGCAUGAUACUCGAACAGGGAGCAUUGUAUGUCAUGAAAUUGUUCAGAAAGGUUCGCCGAUUUAAACCACCAAAUGUCAAUGCUGUUGCUUUCAAAGCAAAUCACGACAAGAAUAGAUAUACCGAUAUAAUAUGUAAUGAUAACACUCGUGUCGUACUUCGGAAUCAUUCAUGCGAUUACAUUCACGCAAAUUGGAUUACAAGCCCCAAGGGGACUAGAUUUAUAUGUACACAGGGUCCAAUGAAGAACACAUUGUCAGAUUUUUGGCAUAUGAUCUUGCAAGAGGACUGUCGUACUAUAGUAAUGUUGUGUUCUUUAGAAGAAGAUAACAAAAGCAAAUGUACUAAGUAUUAUCCGGAUAGCGCUUCCUCACCGUUUACUAUCGACAAAACCACUGUAACAUUGGUGGAUCAAAAUAUGUCGGAAAAGUCGGGCUUGAUGUCAUCUCUCUGGAAAGUCAAACACAGAGAACGUGAAUUCGAACUACGUCACCUGCAGUACACGAAUUGGGUAGAUCAUUUAGCUCCAAAAGACACACACGGAGUGAUAGAACUUCAUCGAGAGCUCAGUAAGAGUCCAGAAGGUCGUCCAAUCGUCGUUCACUGUUCGGCUGGUGUCGGUCGAACAUGCACACUUGUAGGAAUUGAGCUUUUACUUGAACAAGCAAAUAAGCUAAAUUCCACUUCUGGCGUAACGCUAGUUAAAAAGAUGCGGGAAUCAAGAAUGGGAGCUGUGCAAAAGUCCAUACAAUUUCUUUUCAUGCACUAUGUGGUACUGGAUGUAUUUUGUCAGGAUGGCCUGAUCCGCAGUGAUGACCGCCGACUGCUUUCAUUCCGUGAAGUUUACGGUCAAUUGCUUGAUACUGCUAACAAAUUACGGUUAGAGAGCAAAAAUAACAAGGUGCACCACAACAAGAAACCCAGCAAGAAGAGCAGUGAGAAAAUAGUCGAAAAAAAGGAAGCUGGUCUCGCAAAGGCAGAGCCAAAGGAUAAAGUAUUAGUGAAACAAAAAAGGUAUUGGGGAGCUCAACAUCAACCGAAGCUCGACUUGGCAAGUCUGAAGAACGAGAAAUGCAGGAAGAAGUACCGCCAACGAGUGUCGAUCAAUAUUGGAUUGCGGACCAUAAAGAGAGUGGACGACCCUGACUCUUUCACUAAAUGCAUUCGGGACGCUGCAAAGAAAACGCUACCGGAGAAGCGUCUGAGAAGGAGGUUGCGUCGUCAGCUGAAACGUGAUCGUAAGAAGGAUUGGGCGUCAAAAGCGAAGGAGUUUGAGAAGGCGUGA